AAGAGCAUAUAAUAAAACAUGUUUGUAAAACAGAUUUUCGAGAAGUUCAACAACAAGAACAAAAACGGUAAACUCUCGCUGGACGAGUUUCUCGAAGCGGUUCUUGCUUUCUCCCUAAACAUUUCUGAGGAAGAAGUCACACAAAUGUUCAAGGAGAUUGAUGUGGAUGGUGAUGGCGAGCUCAGCUCCGACGAGUUUGCUUCAUCCGUUGAUAAAAUGUUAAAGAAGCUUUUUGCUUUAUGCGAUGCUGACGGUGACGGAAAGAUUACUUCCAGUGAGUUCCAUGCAGCCAUGAUUGGGCUUGGGAAGGAGUGCACUGAAGAGAAAUGUGCCGAGAUGCUUAAAACCGCUGAUGUAGAUGGUGAUGGUUAUCUGAGCUUCGAAGAGUUUAUGGUUACGAUAAUCGGCGAAUUUUAAGAUUUGAGUUAUCUGCUUGCUUAGUAGUAAUUGUGUUUGGUUAUAUAAUAAUUAGCAAGGCUUAUUGAUGCUUAUUAUCAUCGGUUUAGAGGUUUCU